AUGCUCGUGCUGCUCUUCGUCCUUAUUUUACCCGUGGUAGGUGCAAAUUGCCCAGUGGGGACCAUAUCUCACCCGGAAUUUGGAAGAUGCUACAAGUUUGUCAUGGAUCGACAACCAUUUUACAUGGCCGAAGAAUCGUGUAUAGCUCUAGGAGGACAUUUAGUUUCUGUCAAAAAUGGCUUUGAAAAUGCAAUGUUAGCAGAAACGGCUACAUCUCAAAAUCUACCCAACUUAUUUUACAUCGGCUACAAUCGAAUGGUGAGCAAGGACUGGACCUGGAUUGAUGGCUAUAAUGCUACGUUUACAAACUGGGGAACAGGUCAACCAGACUUGACUUCUCAAUGUGCGGUAGAAGCACUCAAUGGAACUUGGAUUUCUGUGAACUGUGCCUCCACGCAUCCGUACGUCUGCGCAUUUACUUCCGACAUUCCCGCUCCAACUUGCCCAGCUUGCCCAGCAAAUCCCUCAUGUCCACCACCUCCAGUGCAACCCGGGCACUGUCAAGAUAGUUGGUAUUAUUUCCAGAAGACCGACUCUUGCUACAGGUACUUCCUUUACGCUACAUUUGAUGAAGCUGAAACCGUAUGCGUCGCUAACGAUGGUCACCUAGCAUCCAUCCACAGUGCUGAGGAAAACGUCUUUGUUGCUGAUCUCUCUAAAUCCGGCACAGAGUACAAAAACGACAAUGAACUUACAUGGAUUGGCCUAAGACAAGCUAAUUAUCCCCAAGAUACAAAGUGGACGUGGACAGACGGUACUCCGGUAAACUACACCGCAUGGGCUGCUGGGCAGCCGGAUAACUAUAAAGGACUGGAGCACUGUGGUCAAACCCAUAGUGAUUACAUAGGCAAGGAUCCUGCUAAGGACAAUGCCUACCAACGCUGGAAUGAUAUUGCUUGCACUACAAAUAUGCGAGCUUACGUCUGCAAGAAAGCUGCCUUCCACUGA